GUUGGUGAUAAUGGUACAGUCCCAGCUGUCAACAAUCGCAAUCUCAAGGACGGUUAUUUAUCAGCGUGUCGAUUCAGUCUGCUCGUUGAGAACCAUUUGAAACAUGCUUUGCCGAGUUGGUCAAAUACGCAGGUGCGCAGCCACCCUCAACCAAAGCAUAAAUCAGAUAGCUGCAUCAAGGCAGAAGCACACCCUUCCCGAUUUGACAUAUGAUUAUGGAGCACUGGAGCCUCAUAUAAAUGCAGAGAUAAUGCAGCUACACCACAGCAAGCAUCAUGCCACAUACGUCAACAAUCUCAAUGUUGCAGAGGAGAAAUAUCAGGAGGCCCUUGCAAAGGGAGAUGUAACUGCACAAGUUGCCCUCCAGCCUGCUUUGAAGUUUAAUGGAGGAGGUCACAUUAACCACACCAUUUUCUGGACAAACCUCUGUCCCAGUGGUGGAGGUGAGCCACAAGGAGAAUUAAUGGAGGCCAUCAAACGGGACUUUGGCUCCUUCCAGAAGCUGAAGGAGAAGAUGUCCGCUGCUACAGUGGCCGUGCAGGGCUCUGGCUGGGGGUGGCUGGGUUACGAAAAAGAGAGUGGAAGACUUCGCAUUGCUGCUUGUGCAAAUCAGGAUCCCCUGCAGGGGACAACAGGUCUGAUCCCCCUCCUUGGCAUUGACGUAUGGGAGCAUGCCUACUAUCUCCAGUACAAAAAUGUGCGCCCUGACUACGUGAAAGCUAUCUGGAAUAUCAUUAACUGGGAGAAUGUGAACGAUCGUCUGCAGAUUGCCAAAAAGUAGAAGCUACUGAAAAUGUCCCCUACAGUACCUUUUUUAUUAUGACCUGGAUCAAAGAGUAGUUGCAAGUAUGUUUUGGGGUAAAACAUCCCAAAUUCUCAUAUUGUUGUUCUGAAACAAGUUAGAGAUGUCUUUAAAACACUUUCAUAGUGAAGCAGAUUAUACUGACUUUAUAAAAAGGAGAACUCCACAGCUUGAAACAUGCUGGUCCUUCUGAUUCAGGUCUGCUCCCAGACCUUUGUCAAAGCGCACAAGAAAACCACAACUUUUUAAUAUCAAAACUGAUUUCUGCUGUUCACAGCCCAGUAAUGGGUGCUGUAGGAGGAGUGAGCUGUCUUUAUUCAGCUAACAUGUAUUAGCACAAGACAAUGUGCAGUAUGUUUAUGAAGUAAUGUAAUAAAUUACAAUUUCAGUUGCA